UGUCCUUGCUGCCCACUUCCGCCUACUUCCACUGGCACCACAGUCCUCGGUUGUUUAUUUUACCGGAGCAUUAAUUUUACCUGAACUCACAGGUGGUGGGUGCUGCUGUCUGUGAUGCUCGGAGGGAGGCUGGGCUCCAGGGACAGGCCAACGGUGGAAACAUGACUUCUGAGUAACCUGCAGCUACUUUGUCUGCUCAGUAUGAACAGCGAGGAGGAGUUUUUCGACGCUGAGACAGGGUUGGAGUCAGAUGAUUCCUGCGAGGUCAGCUUUAAAGAUGCCACACAGGAGAAUGGAGUGUGGGAGCGCAGGAAAAAGCUUCCAGCUGAAAUGAUCUCCAGAAAUAACUUCAGUGUUUGGAAUAUUCUGAAGAAAUGCAUCGGCAUGGAGCUGUCCAAAAUAGCAAUGCCGGUCGUGUUUAACGAGCCGCUCAGCUUUCUCCAGAGAAUCUCAGAGUACAUGGAGCACACUCACCUCAUCCACAAAGCCUGCAGUUUAUCAGACUCCAUAGACCGCAUGCAGGUUGUUGCUGCAUUUGCUGUUUCGGCUGUAGCAUCUCAAUGGGAGAGGACUGGAAAGCCUUUCAAUCCUUUACUGGGGGAGACCUAUGAACUCACAAGGGAGGACGAAGGCUACAGAUUGAUCUCGGAGCAGGUGAGCCACCACCCUCCCAUCAGUGCCUUCCACGCCGAGUCGCUGAAGAAAGAAUUUGAGUUUCAUGGCUCUAUCUACCCAAAGCUCAAGUUCUGGGGCAAAAGUGUGGAGGCUGAACCUAAAGGCACCAUGACGCUGGAGUUACUAAAACAUAAAGAAGCUUACACGUGGACGAAUCCAAUGUGCUGUGUGCAUAACAUCAUCCUGGGAAAACUCUGGAUUGAACAGUAUGGAACUGUAGAGAUAGUCAACCACAGGACGGGUGAUAAGUGUGUCCUAAACUUCAAACCCUGUGGGAUGUUUGGAAAGGAACUGCACAAAGUAGAAGGUCAUAUCCAAGAUAAAAGUAAGAAGAAGCGGAGAGUUAUGUAUGGGAAAUGGACAGAGUGCAUGUACAGCGUGGACCCCAAGGUUUACGAAGCGUACAAGAAGUCGGAGAAGAAGAGCGGGGGCGAGUCAAAGAAGCUGAGACAGGAGCGUAGCUGUGAAGCAGAGGAGGCAGAUGAGAUGCCAGAAGUUCAAGAGACUGUGACUGUGAUACCAGGAAGUGCCUUACUGUGGAGGAUAACAUCUCGGCCCGCUCACUCAGCACAGAUGUAUAACUUCACCAGCUUUGCCAUAACACUAAACGAGCUAGAGCCCGGCAUGGAGAGACUGCUGUCGCCAACAGACUGCCGGCUGAGGCCUGACAUCAGAGCGAUGGAGAGCGGAGACAUAGAUUUGGCGAGUUCUGAGAAAGAGCGUUUAGAGGAGAAACAGAGAGCUGCACGCAGGGAACGAUCCAAGGACGAGGAGGAGUGGUCAACCAGGUGGUUCCAGAUGGGAACAAACCCUCACACAGGAGCCGAGGACUGGCUGUACACAGGUGGAUACUUUGACAGGAACUUCACUGACUGUCCCAACAUUUAUUGACACAGGAGGUGUUUGGUGUUUAAAACAAAAAAACAAACAAAAAAAUCUUCUCUUUGAUAGGUUUCAUUUUGUUUCUCUGUGAGUCGUGACAGCCAGACGCUCGCUGGUACUGUGUCUUUGUUAGGAUCGAUGAAAGUUGAUUUCAAACAGGUUAUCAGAUCAUCUCCAGCUGACUGUGACAUUUGUCUGCAGGAGAUGUGUAACACUAAAGAGAACUGUAGAGUUUACUUACUGUAAACAUCAAACAUCUUCUCUAUAUGCCCUAAACAUGUAUGUUACUCACCAUUCACUCAUCCAAGGGUUUAAAAGCAGCCACCAAUGUGAUCUGUGGCGUGGUGAGCUACCUGGUGGAGGAUGCAAAGGAAAUAUUUUCAGUUUUAGUUCGGGUACUCGGGUACCAUAAUCUCACCUGUAGAUGUUCCACGCUCUUCUGUCAAGCUGCAUUCAAAUAUCAGGGGUUAUUUAAUCGCAUCUGCUACUUUUAUAUAACCUAGAUGUCUGUUUUAGUUAGCACUUAACAUCAAAGAAAAUGUCACAAAGUGUUUCUGUGAAUAGAGACUUAUAGUAGAAAUGAAAGCUGCUUAUAACCACGUUUACUGCCUCAGUAAACAGAUACGUUGGUACAUUAUAUUGUUCUCCGCUGUAACAUAGGUAAUGUGUAUAAUAACCGGUGCAUGCAUGCUCACCAACAUCCUAAUUUCCACAAGUUAAAGCCAUACAAAAACCUUUUUCUGCACUGAGAAUAAAAGCCUCUAUAUAAACCUUUAAGGCAAAGGGAUGCAGAAACGAGACGUUUUAAAAAGUCUGACACUGGCCGCCUCCCUGGCUUCUUCACCACUCACACACUGUGAAAAUGUUCCCAAUGCACAGUAAAUAUCUGUGGGUGAACGGACAGAGUGUCAGACCGUGUUUACACUUGGUUUUAAAAUGUGUCAGGUCCAAAUACACCGCAUUAAAUACGAGUAUAUAAGCAAGUGAUAUGGCUUAUGGCCCAUCUCUGUGUGGUCUGGGAGGCACUGUGAACAAUAGAGUUGGAGCUAGCUACUGUGACACCACCCACUGGUUUCUGGACUUUUUCUGGGUGCACAUUAAAGCCUCAACAUUAGCGUGUUGCUCUGCUGCUCGUUAUGACUCUUUAUCCCUUGAAACCCUACUAGGAAUAACCCUUGUCACUCUUUUGUGAUCGAAGUGGUUUCUGUCAUAUUUCAGGCCUGUAUAUCUCACUAACUUCUGGGUGUGCAUUGGAAGUUAAUGAGGGUUUUCUCUGCCUUUGCUGCUACCCUACUUUUAUCUGAUAAUUCUAUCAAAAUGUUCCAAAAUAGCAGAAACACAGUGAUAAGGUCCAGCUCAGUGACUUGGGUGAGGUGAGGCUGCUGCUGCCUGUGUCUAUGCACCUGUCACGCCCCAGCCUUUAGUCUCACCUGCAUCCAGUUGUUGUUAUGAAGCACAAACUGUCCACAUGUAGUGACAGCACUUUUUCUAUAACGAGCUGUAAACAAGUUGUCUCCAUAUCUGAAGCUUUAGUUCUACUUGAGGAAUUAAUUUUUUUGAGUUUUUUUGGCAUUUCUGCGUUGGCCUCAUUUUCAGUCCCAGAGCGCAAAGUGCCAAAAACUGCAGCCCCUCUAAUAACAACUUGAGACUGGCUCCAAAAGCAACUCAGUCCCCACAGGCUCCCAUGAUAAAAUGCCCAACUUUACAUCAUUAAUAAGCGUGUUUACGGCUCCUUCUUCCUUUGAUUCCCUCAUAUUUUAUUUUUAUCUUUUAAACUCAACCCUUUCAAUGCUAGCGAGGCUAAGUUGGGGAUAAAUUAGUUUGGCAGGUGUGUCACUACAGGCAGCUGCAAAGCCCUGAACUGGACUUAUCCAAUCUGUUUGUGCUGUUGGAGCAUUUUUAGUUAGAUUAUCUGACAAAUUAUGCAGUCUGUGUUCCUUAUUUUCUUUAUUUUUAUUUGUGUGUCAUUCAGCUCUAGUCUGCAGAUAUGUGUCUCUUGCACUGAAUGUAUGCAACUUUCUGACAAAGCUUGCUAGCCUUGACUGAUCACUCAUUGCUCCACCCUCUCAUCCAGAUAUCGUGGUGGCUAAAACGUUGAUGUUGAGGUUUCUAAAACAGCUGCAUGAUGUCAGAGAGGCUACUUUAUCUCUUACAAACCAUCAAGCCAGGACGUGGUGGUUUUUCUUUUUGUGUUGUGCACCAUUUUUAAAACUUUGCCUGCCAGUCUCUACAUCUGGAUUCUCCAGACUCUUGACUGAUGACAGACAGGUGAAUACUUGGGGCACUUUGACCUUCUAAUGGAGGUAACACAGAUUGUAAGGAAGUCUGAGCACAUGUGGUCCGAUCCAUGGAGGCAACACUGUGAUGAGUCUUGACUGUUCACUUGUGUUCCAAUUUCCAGAGUGGCUUUUUAAAACCAAGUGUAAACACUGCAUUAAAUACAUAUUUUUAAUAAUGCUCUGAGCUUUGGUGCUGCCAAACAAUAUUAAACAUCAAAUGUAAUACUUAUAAUAAUGAACACACUGAUUUUCUGCUCUAACUUCCCUUUGGAGCUUAUAGGACCGUAAACGUAUGAUAAUGUUUCCAUGAAAAUGGUUAAUAAGCUUUCAACUACAGCUUGAGUCCCGUUUUCUUUUUCUUUUUUAAAUUUGUUUACAUUUUUAGCAAAUGCCUGCCAUUUAAAAACUACGCCAAAUUAGUUAUUCUGAGGUUUUUUGGAGGGUUGUACCCGUGGACGUACAGGCCACUGCGACAGGGAUACUUUAAUACUGUAGAUAAUGUAAAAAUUCUCUGGCAAGUUCUGCAGUGAUAGAGGGCAUCUUUUGUUCUGAGUGGAUUGUUGGAUAUUUACAUAAUGAUAUCCUCUGGAAAUAUAAGUUAAACUAACACUAAAAAUGUAAAAAGAUUACAGCCAUCUGUUCACAUUGGCCUGAGAAAGAGUAGAGGCAUCUAUCUCACUGCUCCACCAUUGAAGGUGCACUCCAUAGUUUGAACACCUCGGCUUUAAAGUGACUGUGUUGUGCCCUUUGUUUGUACAAUGAUCCCUGUGAGCCAAAAGUUCAGACUGCUAUAAACAUUCAUUUUCAGACUUUUUUUUUUCCUACUCUUCACUCCAUGUGAUACUAGUGAGAGUGGAUAUCCCUAAUUUGGUCAACAGCUAUGGUCCUAGGCACUAAGGCCCCACCCACCUGCAAGGAGCAGCCAAUCAGAAGAACAGUAGUUCUGAGAUAAACACUUUGUUCAGAGGUAGAAAGUAUAAAAGAUAGCUGUAGCUUUGUAUUUUAACCCUGUAGUCUUUUUAAUGGCCACCAGAGGGCGACUGGAAUCCUUGCUUACUCAGUAAACAGUUUGCUGGUGUGUUUAUAGAGUCAUGUACUAGAUUCAGAUCAUGUUCAAUAGAGCACUUUGGUAACUUAUGGUCAUGUGAUUGAUAGUAAGUCAGAGCUGCUUUUUGCUCCUCACACCUGAUUUCAAAACACCAAAGUAAUGAAAAUGUUCAGCUCGAGGCUUCAUAGCAGGACUUCAUUCAACACUGGGUGACGUCCCUGUUGCUGUGUAUGUCUUUUAUGUUUUUUGUGAUUUAGACACAAGUAAACUGAAUGAGCCAUGUGUAAGAUGGGAUUAUUUUGAACUGUGAGUCAUGCAGAGCUACUCCAGUACAGUCCAAAAAAGAAAACAUGAAGCUGGGAAUGAGCAUAAUCUGUCCCCUUAAAGACAAAGCUGCAUCAUUUUUCCACCAAUCGGAGCCGUGCUUUCAGACACAGUUAAAAGCAAAUAAGACGGGAUGCUGUAGGCAUCAUGAACCUAUGCAAACUGAUCCUUCCAGUCUACCCUCCUGAAAUGUGAAAUAAAACACUCUUUAGCUAGCAGCCUGUGUGCUGGAGACACUACAGAGGCAGCAGGUAAUGAAUAUUGUGUGCUGGUAGUAAAAUGCUCACAGUAGUUUCUUUUUGUUUCUAAGCACUAGUGUUGCAUUAAACUGCACAUUUUCAAAUGCUCACUGUCCUGUGCACAUAUGUACGGUGAAAUAUCCCACAUCACGUCUUCCCCUCUGCUGCUGUUCGUGUCUUUACUCUGAAUUCAAAGCACUUUGUGACUCCUGCAGCCGCUCAGAGCUGCAGGAUCAAUCUGAUCCGAUCUUGUUUUAUCCCCCGCUGUCUCUUUGUCGAGCCUCUUUUUGAAAAUGUUUACAUUGUAUGUUUGUCGAUCUGUUGUUUCCUUUCCUCUUCAUACUGGUAUCCACACAGCCGUAUGCAUACAAAGCAUAUUUAAGAAAUAAAUUAUGGACUACAAAA